UCACAGAACAGAAGGUUGUUUCCUGACCUGGAACCGUAACACUCAGGACUAUGUCAGCCCUGCAGACCACCAUCCUCGUGGCUUGCAUCCUGGUCAUCACCGCACCACCUGGCCAAGGUAUGCCGUUUCACCCUGUCCCUUGCUGCACCAAGCUGGCGAAACGCAUCCCAAAGAACCUGCUGCAGCAGGUGACCAAGGUCCGCUUCCAGAAGAAUGAUGGGAUAUGCAGCCUAAAGGCUAUUGUGCUACAUGUGGAGGACCAGCAGAGAUGUAUGGACCCCAACAACAGGGCUCUCCAGGCGUGGGUGAAAAAGAACCAGCCCAACAAGCACCUGUGAAGCAACAUGUACGUUCUAUACGGUACAAGUGCCCUGAUCCGCUUCUCCGCAGAUUGCCACGCAAGUUAUCAAAUCGCAGCCACCAUCCGCCCUAAGCAGAACACGGCUGGUUCUUCCCAGAGUGGAAACGAUGGACUUCUUGGCAGGGUUCUGGAAGACAAACACUGAACCGAAACAUUAUUUGUAAACCGUCAACCUGCCUGAUUUGUUGGAUGGCCGGCGAGGCGCAGAGGGUGUGGCACAGAGAGUCGCAUCAUCGCGGACCAGACAGCACUCCUCAAUGCUGUGAUUAAAUGGUGUCACCCGGAUUGCCCACUUCGCUGGAGAACUGGAGGGGACCUGUGAGACUGAUCUAUUCUCUCGGGAGUCCGGGAGAGCUCCAAAAUUUCUGAGUUUCCGGUACAUUCCAGGAGAGAAAGACAUUUGAUUAAUGCCCAGAGUUAUCAAGCCUUGGAGAGUGAUUAACUACACUGUGAUAAGUAGAAACCAAUCAGCUCCCAACUGUCAUUCAAACACAGCCUGUAACAUGACAGUUAGGAGCUGAUUGACUGCUACUUUAUCACCGUGCAAUUUAUCUCUCUCCAAGGCUUGAUAAAUCUGGGCCAUUGACUGUUAUUAGGCCAAUUAAUAGCUCUUUUAUAGAUAAUUCAGGAUUAUGUCUUCCUCCUUAUUCUGAUCUAUAAUAACAUAUGUCCUACUGUACAUUAUAUACAUCAGGCAGCCUAGGUCUCUGCUGCUGAAAUACUACUACCAGUCCCAGCAAGACAUCAGAAUGGCGGAUAUGACUGCACUGUAUGAUAUAUCUCAUCACGGUGUCUAUGCCGCCUUCUACCUGUUAUACUGUAUUACCUGUUACACGGAUAUAUAUAUAUAUAUAUAUAUAUAUUUAUUCUGUGUCAUCAUGUUGCAUUACCUUCCUGAUGUCAUAAAAUUGUAUUCUCCA